GAAACACGCAACCAUCAACACCGAUCUCCACCGCGACCCAGAGCUGCCGCCAUGGCCGCGCCCAACCGCAGCUUUGCAGGGCGCAUGGCCUCUCGCGGCUCCAUCACGUCGGGCAUCGAGGCCUGGGACGACGGCGACUUCGAGGACGGCGACGGCUUCCUGCUCAAGCACUCGACGACGCACUCGCUGUCGUCGCGCCUGUCGGUGCGCUCCGAGUCCAACACGGGCGACGACGACUGGACGGUGCUGCUGACCCCCAACGACGACCUGUCGACCAACAAUGCCAUCAACUCGGCGAAGAAGGCCGGCAUCCCCAUUCCCGCGAGCGUGCCCUCGUCCGCCCUGCUCGGCGGCUCCAUCAAGCGCCUGGGCAACAAGAAGUCGAGCCGCCGCAUCGACGUCGACGACGACUGGGGCAGCGACCUGGUCCUGCCGAGCAACACCACCGGGGGGCUGAAGCUGAAGGCCCCCGUGCCGCGCACCCCGGCCGAGGAGGAGCACGACGACUUCGACGACUGGGGCGAGGGCAGUCUGGGCAUCCGCUUUGCAGGCACGCGGCGGGAGACGCGUGGGGGCCGCGGUUCGUCCGUGUCGGCCAUGAGCCCGAGUCUGGGCAGCUGCAUGACGCUCGAGAGCGAGGACGACGACAUGCUGGGCCUGGUGCUGCCAAACGAGCCGCUCGACUUCAUUGCCCGCCUCGACAAGCUCAAGAGGAACGAGGUACCGGCUCCAGCACCAGCGCCAGCGCCAGUUCCAUCAGCAGACUCCUUCUCGCUGCGUCUCCAGAAGCUGCGCGACCAGCCUCCCACCUCGGCGCCCUUUGACGAUGCAGCCUUCGAUGCAGCCUUCGAUGAGCCCUUGUCGCCUACCACCGCGGCACCACCCCUUGGUAUCGAGCCUUUCACGUCGCCGCCCCUCGAGAACGAGUCCUUUGAGUCCUUCCUCUCUCCUCCCCUCGAGAGCAGCCCCUUCUCACCACCCAAGCCCUCGCCCAAACCCUCGCCGAAGCCCUCGCCAAAGAAUACUGAGGACGACUUUUUGGAUGGCCUGGACUUUGGUGCCGGCGAGAUUUUCGACAGUCGCAAGCUUACGUUGAACCGCAACGUCGUUGUCAAGAAGCCGUCCUUCAGAUCGAUCGCGCCUUCUGCAGCCCGUCCUGCGGCUACCUUGACAUUCACCGAUAAGGCGCCCUCUAGAAUCCCUCGACCACCCCCAACAACAACCCGCACUCGACUGACCCCUGUCUACGAAAGCGGUGCCACGACACGAACUCAGAGCCGGCCGAUGCCCACCACCACCAGCGCACAGCUUUUGCGUGCGAAGCGUUCAGCCCCUGUCCUGCGCAACAACAACAACAACCUCCCGCAGCCGCCUCGCUCUCACGUCCCUUUCCUGUCCGCGGGCAGCUCAACUACUCAGUCGCAUCAUGUCAAGUCCAAGGGCUCACAGACCCACCUUCGCCGCGAUUCUGAUCCUCGCCGGCCACUCUCGCCAUCCGUGCGACCCUACUCACGCAUGUCUGGUUCUCAUCCAACUGAGACUCCGAGUCGUGCUGGGGUGAGACAGGAGCUGGCUCCCUCCGCUCUAGCACGUCACCCGCCGCCACCUAAGAAGCUAACAAAGCCUCAGCGCAAGAGAAACUACGGCGAUGGCCAUGAACUUGAUCUCUUCGAUGACCUGCCGACCUCGGCGGUCAAGGAGAAACAGUAUGAGAAGACACCUCGAAAUGUGGCGAGCAACAAGUCUCUGCGCCAACAACCGAGCAACUCCCGCUUGCCCAUGCCCGACCGUAUGGUCACUCCUCAGCCCCAGACACCACGCAGUCCCCCGAAGACCGAUCAUACACCACGUUUUGCUCGGGACACUGCUGCAAGCAGAAACGCGCGUGAGCAGCGGUUGGCAGGUACGAGGUCACGUGGCGAAGGCCAAAUUGCACAGAGACCCACCAGUUGGCAAGCACAAGUGGCUGCACGUAGCCCUCAUUCAAGUCCAAAUGCUCACCGCAAGAAAGGAUCAGGUCAAAAACCGCAAUUGAUCAGGCAGAUGACUCAGCCUUACACCUCCAAUGAAAAAGGCAUGAUAUACAACCCUACACUACAACGUUGGGAAGGAAAUGAGGAUGCUCUUGCGCCCUUUUCCCAACAAAACACUUCAACCACCACUCUUGCCUUGACUACUGCAAGCACGCCAACCUUUGCGCAACCAGCUCCUCCGUUCAACCGCCAACACGACCGUUCCCAGUCAAUGUCACACACGGCUCUGUCUUCCAUCUACGCGGCGCAGAGAAUUACGCCUACACGCGCCACGAAGAUUGCUCCACUUCCAACUCCAGUGGCGUUACCUUCUCCACCUCGCCCGGCCUUGAUCUCACAGAUUUCAGUACCGCGCGGUGUGCAGUACGAUGGUCGCAUGGUGUUUGACCCUGUCAAGAUGACAUGGCUCAAAGCUGCUCGCCCCUCGAAUGAUCCGCGAUCGCCUUUGACCGACGCGGAUGACGACGAAGAUCCAUUCGCUGGCCUCGAGGACCUAAAAGACAACGAGAGCAUCGCUGGCGGCAACAACGCCAUUGGCGGUGGUGGUGUUUCGAAUCCCGACGAUCCCACCUUCGUUGGUGAAGAGUUUGACGUUGGACCAAGUUUCAUUCGCCGACAGAAAGAAGAAGAAGCCGCCUGGAGACGUCGAGUGGAUGGCUGGGUCGGCGGCAUCCGCGACAACGGCGAGCAGAGAGGCGGUUGGAGAUGGGCGAUCCGUGAGUUCGCCGCGAGUGCCUCUGCUGGGGCCUCGGCGAUCUAAAACUCACCUGUACAACUCCUACUUACGACCUUAUGAUUUGCAUCGCAGAUUUGGUAAUCGGGCGCAUCGUUGGCAUUUGUUCCAAAAGUAUUGCGGCACCUCAACUGCCUUGCUAUAUAUCCCGAGUGUUACGAAAGGGCGACUUUGGAUAGUUACGCCUCACUCUUACGACCAUUUUAUGACUCACGAUAAUCUCUUUCGACAAUAUUGCUCCCAAUAAUACUUCUGGUCUUUUUUCUGGCGUCUCGGGACUUUGCUGUAAUUUAGUUCACUCAUGAUGACCAAUACAUUAUUACGAC